UAUGAUUCAAACAAACCCGAAAUUAUUUCACGGUCCGAUGACCCGACCCAAACGACCCAAUACAUUCUCGGUUCUCACUGCUCAUUGGGAGCUCUCUCUCUCUCUCUCACCCUCUUUCUCUCUCUAGAAUCAUCGUAUUAGCGUCACCUCAGUUCAUUCAUUCAUGGACCGUUGGAGUGGAAUCUUAAAGGUUCCGAUAUACCCUAAUAGUAAGGCUCACUACAGAGUUGCAGUAUCUCUCUGCCUGUCAUCUUCUUCCAAAACCCUAACUAUACCUUCUGCAAAUGCUAUCUUCUUCAAUGGAGAUCGAGUUGAAGGCACUGGAAAUCCAGUGAUCGAGAGGCUAUCAGAUCUACCGAAAAUUGCUGAAAUUCUGGUUUCAAAAUUUGGUGGUUCUAUAAAUGCAUGGGUUAUUGAGGCUUCCACUUUUAAUGGGCCUUUUGCUGUUUAUAGAGAUUUUAUUCCAUCUUUAAACAGCUGGGGAGAGCCAAAAUCAUACAACCCAACUGGAUUUCCAGCUUCUACAUCAAUCAUUAGUCUCUUGUCGAAUUGCCUCAAAGAGGCAAAAAACUUAAUUUCAGGGAGUCGCCAAGAACCAUACCAAGCUGGAGUAUCUACAUCAUGUUUACAUCAACCCAAAACAUUUAUCCUUGGAUUUAGUAAGGGUGGAACUGUACUUAACCAGCUAGUAACUGAGCUUGGCUUUUCUGCAUUCAAAUCCUCUGAAAAUCCACCCAGUGUGAAUAAAGGCCUUGUUAAUAUCCGGCAAGAGAAUCAAAUAAUACCCAGUUCAAAAGAAAGCCUCUUUAACAGCAUAACUGAGAUCCAUUAUGUGGAUGUUGGCUUAAAUUCUGCUGGAGCAUACCUCACUGAUGCUGAUGUAAUUAAAAGAAUGUCCAAGCGCCUAAGACAAGGAGCUGAUGGAAUUCGUUUUGUCCUUCAUGGAACUCCGAGGCAAUGGUGUGAUAGUAGAAGAGUUUGGAUAAAAAAUGAAAAGGAGAAAAUGCUUCUGCUGCUUGAAUUCGAAGCGCGGAAGACUGGAGGCAAAUUACAGGCAUGUGAGAGAUUUUAUUUUUCCGAUAAGCCUCCUAGUCUGCAGAUGCAUUUUGAAAUAAUAGAAAAUUUGGAAGUGAGUUGAGUGUUCUGAUCUUGAUGGAAAUGCAUGCUAGGUAUAGUUAGCUAGUAGUGAUAAUGUAUAUUUUCUUGUUUUUUAUUUCUUAUCUUGCGAAUCCGUGGUUAGACUAGUACUGCGAUUAUGAUGGGUAAAAUGUAUGAUUUUGUGCAUAUAUAGUUUUUGUGAAUCAAUCUCAAACUUUUGAGGUUUUUUUUGUGUUGAAUUUAGAAUGGCAAUGUAUGUGAAUUGUAAUUCUCCUUCAGCAUUCA